AUGUUCUCACGGCUACGUACCGGAGUGGCUGAGCGGAGCGCCCGCAUCCCUCUGUCACGACACGGUCGCUCCCUGCGUACUUUGUGCGUACUACUACGUACCAUAACUAUUCUGCAUCACGCCCAAAUCUUUGUCCAUCGGAGGGUGUCCAGGACUUCCCGGAAAUUGAUCGUAUUGAACAACCCGGGCCCAGCUGGGGUGCUGAAGAAUUAUCCGCAGUAUGCCGGUCGGAUUAUUGUCACUCACAGACGACUCUCUGCUGGCCAUAACGGAGCUCAUAUCCCCCGAGGAUGCUCGGCGACUCAUGGCCGUGUGCAGGGACCUCCUGCCCAUGGCGAAACGUCGUUCCUGUUCAGAGGUCAUACUAGCCAAUCGCACCACGACCCCGGACCACACAAUCAAGGCCUUCAUGUACAUGCUCGAGGAUGUUCAAGAUCGGCUUCGGUGGCUGCGCUUCCUGGCAGUGGGCGAAACGGCCCUUGGGCACUACGACCUCCCUCUUCUGGCACAUCGGCCCGAGCAUCUUCCGAUGCCAAACCUGGCCGCACGGGUUGAUCGCGACGGUUUGAGACUGUUUGCGGACCUACUCUCCGCUACAUCUUGUCUCAGGAAUCUAUCCAUAGAGACGCCGCUAGAAAGUCUGCUACCUCUUGACGCUCGACUUCGCAGCGCACUCACAGGUCUCUCUCACCUCACUCAUUUCGCUCUGAAGGAUGUCGGCCCACUUUCCUUGGAAACCAUAAUGCAGAUGCGGACUCGCCUUCAAACCCUAUCAGUAUGUGAUGAGGACUUCUCCCUUCACACACUCCCCCUGCUCAACUUCCGUAACACGUCGCUGAGUACUGUACGCACCCUACGGCUCAGUGCGUCCUCUAGCCGACUCUUCCCGUCAGGGCUGGUUGAUUCCAUUUUCCUGCAAAGACACGUCGAGGCACCAUCGCAGUGGACUUCAGUGCAUCACCUCUCGCUUACGUACAUCAAUAUACCAUCCCUCGCAUCCUUGGCCCGUGUUUUCCCCAACCUCUCUUCUCUUCAGCUAUUCCAUUGCAGACUUGGCGGGGAUACCAAGGCAGCAGACUCGAUAGCAAUGUGGACAAGUCUCCGCGUCUUCGAUGCUGCUGGGAGUCGGUUUCUCAACACAUGUUGGCCGUCGACGUGCCAUGUGCAUUGCCUCCAUCUCGACCUGCAAGAGCCCUUGUACCGGCAUGAAGGGACGCCGUUGAAUGUAGCAGACGUGGAGAAUGCAUCACCGGUUAUUUUCUCUCUGUCGAAUCUAGUGUUCCUCGGCAAUUGGACGCCGCUCCUCAAAUGGUGCGGAGUGCCAGUCGCAUCGUUGCCACGCCUGCGCUGUUUCCAGCUCACAAUGGAUUAUACAACACAAUCUUGCCAAGGACUCGUUGGCUUUCUCGACUCAAUAGCCGACACGCUAGCAGCAGCAGCACGGCUAGUUAUGAUACAAGUCUGCCUGAAAGAUAUCCACAUGCAGACUUGGGACAUCGGUCGUGUGCAGCCAUCGCUAGACCGCCUGGCAAACUCGAUCCCACCCUUGCGGUACCUGUCCCUUGGCAUAGGCAGAGGGUCAUCCAGGCGUCUUGAUGACGAUGCGACUUUCGUUGGAAAGGUUUGGUGGUGGCGAUGCAAGGAGGCGGGCAAUGGCGUAAGGGUGCUAAAAGCACUCGAAACACACGCGGGACAGCGUUUAUUCGAGCAGCAGUGUGCGCCAGAAUGGAAUUUCGACUCGGAUGAUUACGCCCUACUCUCGACGGGUCAGAGUGGACGAGAUGAACAGGACGUGCUGCCUGCACACCACUACUUCCACGCCAGCUUUAUCGACGACCCGGCAAUCGCACUGACCCUCGUAUUUGACCACAGAUUAUAUGAUCGCAACGGCCCGUUACCAUGCGCAUUACGGAGCUCCCAAAGCGCUCUCGUUGAGUCGUCAUACCGGGCCGAUAAUUCGUAG